AUGUUAAAAAAAUGUUUGAGUCUAACUUCUUCCAGAGUUCAAGGGAUUAGGCAUAAAGUAAGUCGAUGCUACCUAUUAACUUUUCUUCAUUUUUAGUCUAAAUCAUGCUACAUCCUACCGAUGUUCCCUUAUCCAUCCGGCCAUUUACAUCUGGGACACAUGAGGGUAUACACGAUAUCAGAUGUGAUGGCCAGAUACUUCAGACUUAAUGGAUUUGAUAUAAUCCAUCCUAUUGGAUGGGAUUCUUUCGGGUUGCCCGCUGAGAAUGCCGCGAUCGAACGUGGGCUAGAUCCAGCAGAAUGGACCCAGAAUAACAUAAGGGAAAUGAAGGCGCAAUUACUGAAGAUUGGAGUGCAAUUUGAUUGGGACCGAGUAAGGGUUACUUUCUUUGUUUUGGUGUUUAGGAUAAAUAACUGAAAAUAAUGUUCUUACUUUAGGAAUUGUCUACUUGUGAUCCUGACUAUUUCAAAUGGACACAAAAUAUUUUUGUAAAACUGUAUAAUAGUGGCCUCAUUCAUCGACGAAAUUCUCCUGUUUACUGGGAUCCCGUUGACAAGACAGUGCUCGCUUCAGAACAAAUUGAUUCUUCUGGUCGGGCAUGGAGAUCUGGAGCAUUGGCUGAGAAGAGGAACCUAAAACAAUGGGCAGUGGAGACUCCUAGAUACGCCAAACGAUUGUUGGAUGGGCUGGAAAAGUUGUCUAUCCAGUCGAGAAGUUGGGAAGAAGUAGCUGCCAUUCAGGCCAAUUGGAUCGGCAAAUGCGAUGUUUAUAGAUUCAUGUUGCCGGUUAAUGUAAGAAUUUAUGUUUUAUAUCACUGGGUAUUUAUUUAGGGUGGAGAUCCGGAUGAAUACUUUGAUUUGCGAAUUCAAGAUCCAACAGAACUUUGCAGAGCCGAGUUUAUUCUUGUUUUACCUUCACAUCCUUUGGCAGAGCCGGGAAAGACGGGGAGAUGUAAGCUUAAACGUUCCCCUUUUUGUUCCAUAUAGUUCUAAGCUUGUAUUUGUCAGAUAUCAGUAAGAAAACUGUUCGGAACAUCGUCACCGGCUCCAAUCUUCCGGUUUUCGUACUUGAUGAGAAUGCCGAAUUAAAUUCGGUUGAGCCAUUCUUCCUGGAAUCGAGGCUUGGCUACAGUAGGAAAUGUGAGGUUGACAAGAAAUUGGCAAAAACAUAUGGACUUGAAAGCAUUGAUAACCAGGUGGUUAUGUCGACAGACGGGAUUUUGAGUGUGGCUGAGGUAUCUUUGUUUUAUUUAUUAUGCCUGGGUUGGUUAUGAAAAUUCGGUGUUAAUACUAAGGUUCUAGAAAGAAGGUGCGGGCGGUUACAUUACAAGUCGUAAACAGUCUGAUUGGGUAGUGUCCCGACAACGCGGUUGGGGCACCCCAAUUCCCAUGGCUCUUAAUGAUCAAGGCGAAUAUCGGCCGGUCCCGGAAUCUCUGCUUCCAGUCCUCGGAUCAAUGAGAGGCCAGUCCAUCGAUGGAAUUGGGAAGAUCGAGACUGAUACCUUGGAUACGUUCUUCGACUCUUCUUGGUAUUACCUUCGUUAUCUAGAUCCCCAUAAUCAAAACUGUCUUGCUGAUCUCCGAAAGCAGAGCGAAUUCAUGCCAGUUCAUCUUUAUAUCGGGGGUGUUGAACAUGCCGAUUGUCAUGUCUUCUUCGCCCGCUUUAUUUCCCAUUUCCUCCAUGAUAUUGGACUUGCCACCACUCCAGAACCUUUCGCCCAAUUGUUGCCUCAAGGUGUUGUGAAAGGGUUGACUUUUGUUCAAAAUGAUGGAAAGUAUCUGGCUGAAGAUCAAGUGGAAAGUAAGUUUAUCAAACAAAUUUUGUAGGAUAGUUUAGAAGCGGGCGAAGGUUAUGUUGCCAAAGACACGAGGCAAUCAGUCAAAGCAGUCUAUGAAAAAAUGUCAAAAUCCAAAGGAAAUGGGACGGAUCCGAUGGAUGUGAUCAAUGAAUUUGGAGUGGAUAUGACAAGAGUUCAACUAUUGAGAUCAGCCGCGCCAAGAUCAGAUCUUAAUUGGUCAACUAAAGGUGAUUAGUCGAUUCAAUUUAUAUUUUUGUAGACCUAAAAGGACUCACCAAAUGGAUUGAACGAGUUCGGUGGCUGGUCAGCACUUAUGUAUCGUAUAGAAGGGAACAGCCAAAUGCUGACGCAAAGAACGAUCCAAAGACGGAUGAGUAUUGCAGGGAGGCCUACAAUUAUCAUAUCCUUAAUGUAAGUUGGAUCAAAAAUAAAGUGAAGGUUUCGUUUUUGCAGGUUUCUUUGUGUCUAGAACUACUGCAUCUUCAUAACACUUCAAUCAUGAAUCUUCAAGGCCUUACAAGUACCCUGAGAGUAAGAAAAAAUAGUUAAAUUAAUGCUUAAAAUUGAUUUUAGAAAAUGGAUCCAGAAGAAAUCGGGACAAGUAAAGAGGCGGAGAGAUGUAUCAAUGCAUUGGUUGUCAUGCUACAAGUUGCUGCGCCUAAUAUUGCCAACGAACUUUGGGAAGAAUUAAAGUCAGUUGAGUUCUAUGAUGAGAGUAUCCGAGAAAAAGAGAAGACGGUCAGCGAACAGAAAUGGCCCGAGAUUGAUAAAGAUGCCAAGAUUGAGUUUAUAGUUAGGGUAAGUAGCUGUUGGCAUGUCUGUGAAGUGGUUAUAUAACAUGUAAAUGAUGUUUCCAGGUCCUUGGAACAACUUGUGUAAAAGCAUCGGUUCCGCGGACAGAAAUUGAAUCAUCAUCCACAACUGAACUCUUGAAAACGGCCAAAUCGGAAUACCACAAAGAGUUCUUCCAGAUGAUGCAAAAGGAAUUCAAUCUCGACGUCAAUGAGAGCCGGGUCAGGCGAAGAAACGGACUUUAUGUUUGUUUGGACCUUGAAAUGCCCGAAAAAUUCACCGGUGCUGAUCUGGAUUCGAUUUUGAAAAGAUGGCUUGAGCACAAAAGUGAGCUUAGAAAGGCUGAGAAGAAAGUAAAGAAGCAAAAGAAGGCUCAGGGAUGA